AUGGACCCUGCAAACUGUGGGUGCCACCGCCUGACUCGUCCACGAAGAAAACGCUGCGUACACUGUCAGAUUACAAAGAGGCAAUUCUUUGCAUCUUAUAGCAAAAUAUGUCCUCAAAAUUACAUCUCAUCACCGUCACAUCUUAUCGGUGAACCAAUCGAAGGUGUGGACUCCUACGCUCAAACGUGGCGGGAACUUUUGGCAACACAGCACGGUGCAUCUGUUACUGUCACCGAUGCAUAUGACAACACGGCACUUCAAUCAGAGCCUAAGGUAGACAGCAUAAACUGUGUACGUCUGAUUGUGCAGCAUAGAAUCCUCGUGGAUGCCGUCAAUUACCCUAACAAGCUGCCCCUAAUGAAUGCCAUGUUCUUCCAGCACAUUGAUGUGGUGAGAUAUCUGAUCUGGAAAGAUGCCUCCACGACACCCGAAUUGUGCUGUGAUAGUGGAUCGGCCCUUACCCUCGCAUCUUACACGGCAUGUAGCUAG